AGUGGGCCGUCAACAACAUGGCGUUUUGGAGCGGUCGUGUGUCGAUGACGCCGCACAGUAGCAUGGCGUGUUGGCAAAGGAACUCGUGGUGUUGUGUGUUCGCGUUUUUGUUCACUCUCGUCGUACUUCAGCAAGCGCCUUUCGCGUACUGUGCCAGUCCAGGCGUGCCGAAUGGCAGUUUGAACAAUAACGUGCCUCUUGCCGCUGACAACAAACCAAGGCGUGUUGAGCCGACGGCUGUUGUGAAGCUAGCUGAAGAUCCCGUAUGCGCUAGUGAAUUGCGGCAUAUGUGCUCCCCUAGCCAAUUGAAAAACAAUUUUAAUGUCUUGGACUGCGUUCAGAACGCCCAUCGAAAAGAAGAUGAAGGGCUGUCGGAAGCCUGCCAUCAUCUGCUCUGGAAAUAUAGACGUGAUAUCACUCAAGACAACCGCUUCAAUGAUGCAGCAUCAAAGUUUUGCCCACGGCUGAUGGAAAUGUUUCCUCAGUGUGUACCUGGUGAUAAGGGACAGCUUCUGGCCUGUCUUAUAGACCACAGUGAGAAUGCAACAGAACCGGAGUGCCACACUUUCUUGGAGCGCAUGCAGUCAGUGGUCUUCUCGGACUAUCGACUUGUGUACAAAUUCACGGAUGCUUGUGACCAAGAUAUUAAUCGCUUCACUUGCGGCCGAAUACCAAAGAGUUCUGAUGAGCGGCACUCACAGGGAGCAACACUUGAGUGCCUAUCACGUGUAAUUAACCAGCUUCAAGAUAAUUGUCGUCGGGAGUUACUGCACUUAGCCCGACUUCAAGGAGAAGAUUUUCAUUUGGAUCGGCCACUCUUCUUUGCGUGUCAGGAAGACAGAGACCGCCUGUGUCCUCAUGUGGCAUCAGGGGAAGGUCGCAUAUAUCGUUGCCUUCUGCGGCACCGCUCCAACAGAGAAAUGAGCGAACAGUGCCGUGAGAAGCUGGCCCAGAGGGAGCAGCUGACGAUGCAGGACUUCCGGGUGAGCCAAGGUCUGAGUGGAGCAUGUCUGCAAGACAUCCGCAUGUAUCGCUGUCGUGAAAAGACCUCAAAUCGUCGGGAGUUCCGCUUGGCCCAGAUCCUCCUUUGCCUUGAGAAUGCAAUGCACAAAGACUAUCCAGUGGGAGCUGAAUGCCAGCAGGAAAUGUUGGAGCACCGUCGCUUCCUUCUUGAGAACUACCAACUAACACCAGACCUUGCGUCGUCAUGUGAGCAGGAUAUUGCAACUUUUUGCCGGCGGCGUCUUGAGCCCAAUGGCAAGACACUCCACUGCCUAAUGAGGCAUGCCAGACCUUCAGCUCAAGGGAGCCAGCGUCUUUCAGACCAGUGCCGUCGACAGGUGGAGCAUGUGCUGAAGGUUUCCGGGGCUGGAGAGGAUUGGCGAGUGGAUCCUGUUCUCCAAGAAGCCUGCCAAUCCACUGCUUCACAUCUUUGCCAGGAUGUCAAGCCAGGACGGGGAAGAAUGCUGUCAUGCCUAAUGGACCAAGUGAGCAACAUUGCCAUGAAGGACACCUGCCGAGAAGCCUUGCUGCAGAUCCAGUAUUUUGUUGCACGCGACUUCAAACUGGACCCUGUAUUAUAUAAGGAGUGCAGGGCAGAUGCAGUUACAUACUGCAAAGCCAAGAAGGAAUGGCACGAUGACCCCACUCGCAUGGACCCAGAGAGAGGCCCAAUAGUGCUUCCUUGUCUGUACCGUUAUGCCUACCAUCCAGAUGACAGUGUUCGGCUUUCAAAGCAGUGUCUUUAUGAAAUUCGAAGAGUAAUGCGGCAGCGAGCUGUUUCCAUUGAUCUUCAUCCUGAAAUUGAGGAGCCAUGCAUGUCUGACCUUGCUGGCAUGUGCAGUGACCACCUGGGACGUGGGGAGGAAAUGCAGUGCCUCCAGGACAAUCUGGAAAAACUUAGCCGGGAUUGCCGGGCAGCAGUAGCCAACUACACUGAGGAGGAAGCGGAGCAUCUGGAACUAAACUACCCACUCUACCACAGCUGUCAGUCUGUGCUCAAGGACCUGUGCAGUGACUUACUUUCUAAGGAUGUUGACCAGGGAGACCUUCUAGGCUGUCUGGUUCAACACAAGAAUGACUUUCGCAUGAAAGAGGACCAACGCUGUAGGGCUGCUCUUGAGCACUUCCAGCUGAUUUCAUUGAAAGACUACAAGUUCAGCUAUGCCUUUAAGGAAGCCUGCCGGAAGGAUGCUCAGACAUUCUGUGGAAACUCAAAGUCCGGUGCUGAUGUUGUGAGCUGUCUUAGCAAGUUGGUGCUGGAUGAUGUCACCGAUGAGAAGACGCCACGAGUCUCUUCACGUUGCAGGCAGCAGCUGCGAGUCGAACUUUUCCAAAGGGAAGAAAAUAUCAAGCUAGAUCCAAAACUGGAUGCUGCUUGUGCCUCUGACCAACGUAAUCUGUGCAGCAAUGUUCACCCUGGUGAAGGCGCUAUGCUGGAAUGCCUGAAGGAACAUAAGAAUAAGCUCACCCGAGAAUGCCACAUUGCAAUAUUCCAGCGAGAACGUUUGGAAGCGGAAAGCGUGGGUUUGGACUACAGCCUCACAUUGGCUUGCAAAUCAGCAUUGCGCCAAUUCUGUCCUGAGGUUGAACCCACCCGGGCCCUUCACUGCUUGGCAGACCAUCGCAAAGAACCUACAAUGGAUGUUCGGUGCCGCACCAUGGUGCAACGCCGUCUGGUGGAACAAAACACAGACUACAGGCUCAAUGCCCAGUUGCAGCAUGCCUGUCGUAUGGACAUUGCCAAGUUCUGCUCAGCCCUUGUGCUUGACAAGGCAGCAGAAAGCACAGAGCUGCAGGGAAAGGUAAUUCAGUGCCUCAAGACACAAUUUGUUCGACAUCAGCUGACGAAAACCUGUGAGCCUGUGGUGAUGGGCAUAGUGCGUGAUGCAGCACUUGACUAUCAGCUCGAUCCUGUCCUGGCAAGAGCAUGUACUUCUGAGAUUCAAAGCUCUUGCAAGGAUGAUCGUGACAUAGAGGAAUGCCUAAAGACACAUUUCCAGAAUCGUGACAUCAAAAACCCGGAGUGUAAGAAGGAGGUUGCUCGUCUCAUACAUGAAGGCAAGGCUGACGUUCAGGCUGAUCCUAUUCUGUACAAAGCAUGUUUACAUGACAUUAAGCAUUUCUGCCAUGAUCUCACACCUGGCCAGGGUCACUUGCUUUCUUGCCUUCUGACGGGUUUAGAGUCGGACACAAUUGCCUUGACAGAGGAGUGUCGAACGUUGCUUUCAAAACGAGUGGAAAUGUUUGAAUAUGCCGCUCAGGUGGCCCCUGUGGAGUCUAUUCGAGAUGUGGUGCAACAAAUUGCCAACUCUCCUUCACGGAACUACUUUGUAGUGGUAGCCAUGGGUGUAUUAGGCAUCAUCUUUGUAGGGGGAUUGUUCUGUGGCCGUGUCACCAAGAGACUUCCAGCAAACCUCAAGAACAAAUGACAUGUGCAAUUGGGGAAGCACAAAAGCAACAAAGAGUAAAGGGGUGCAAUCUGCCUGCUGGAAGACCUUGCCGUAGCUCCACAUAACUGGAGUCACCGCAGCAUUGAAGUUCACACGCCUCAUCAAAGGCAAGCCAAAGUUUCACCUGUGAACAUUGUUGGAGCUGCCUUUGCAAAAGCAAGAUUCAUUCAUGCAUAACUUGACAGCCACAGCGUGAUGAUUUUGUGAGAACAAAGGCCUUUCCUACCUACUCCAACAUUGCUGCCAUGUCAAACCUAGUUGUGUCACUGGUAGGAAUGAUUGACUGAGUACCGAAAUGUCGAAGUGCUAUGUUUGUGGUCCAUAAUUGCGUUUGUUGUCAUAUUCAUUUUUUUUUCUUUAGUGUUGUCAUUUUGGAGUCAUAGCGAGUUAGCCUGCUUGCCUGCUUUGAAAAUGGUACUUGGUUGGCAGGAAUGUUUACACAGUUUUAAAAUAUUCUUAUGUAAAUUUGUGCUUUGUAUUGAGUGAUACCAUCACUGAAGUAAUAUCUCACCCUGGUGGGCAUUCUACCAAAAGCUGCAUUUUUAUCUUUAUUAUUGUUGCGUCUAUUAUUGUCACUUGUCUUCUGUUCUUUCAGUGUGUCACCCACAGUCAUCUUAGGGCACACUGCAGAAGACCUCUGAAUAAGUGUGCAAUCAAUUUGCGCAUGACUUAUUCCUAAUGUCUCAGAAAGGCCAGGAUAUUUAGAUUUGUUGAAUUGUCCUGCUUCACUUUUUUUGUCACCAUUCUUUUUUGGUGUUUUAUAUGAGUACGUAUACUUUAUAUACUCUAAUAUACGCAUAUAUUGUCUGGCAUUCUUGCACAUAGCACUGGAUAUUUAAUCAGUGUGGUAUCAUUUUUAUACCUUUUUAACUUAAUGCAUAUUUACAAGCAAAGUUAUAAAAACUAGUUUUCUUGCUUCUUUAUGCAGAGUAUUUCUAGCUUCUUCAUUAUUGCUUUGGCUUCUUUUAGCUUAACAUUUUCAACUCUCUUCUGGUAUCCAUAUUUUCUUAGAUGCCCUUAAUUACUGCUGCAUUAGUGGCGAAUAUUUAAGAAUUGGAAGACCAUGUUAACAUUUCUGCUGGUAUUACAUGUCACUUAGAUGAAACUGACUACAGCAAUAUUUCUUCACUAAAAAUUAUUUUGCACAGUAAUCUAGUCUUUACACCACAUGCUAUUAUGUAUAAUCUAGAAUUUUCUUGACAUAGUAUUGCAGCGUCACCUUGCUAGACAUAUUGUCGCAUUGAUUUAUUAGGCCUGGUUUGUGCUUUUCUGAAAAUUUUCACAUUAGGGGCAUCAAGUCCUGCUUUCCUGUAUGGUACCAACUCAUGUCUUUACUUUGCAUGUCGUUGGGAAAGAGUUCUGGUCUACAAAUAUCAUGUAGUGAAAUAUUGAGACUAGUUCAAAUCAUGGCCCGUCCAGUGCUACGCAGCCAUUGGUUAUAGGCACAAUUUUGUAGCUUUGACCAAAAACUUGUCAUUGCUUUCCACAAAAUCAAGGAGCUUCAGUGUUGUAAAUAAUGUUUACAAAGCUUAUUGUGUAAAAAUUCUUGUCAUAAAUGCCUUGCAUGCCUUUAUUUUGGCAUGUGUUUGUGUGUGGUACUGUAUUAGUGCCUUGUUUAUUUGUUCUUAAGAGCUCUCACUUGACUUUGUUUCAAACUUUGUGAUGCACUAAAAUUGCUUCUUUUUGUCAACA